CUCCGUUCAAGGUGGAAGAGAAAAGAGGAGAGGAGAGACGCUGCACUGCACAAUAGCGAGCAGUAGAAGACAAACCACACCUGCAGCUGCAGCAGCUGGAGAGAAGAGAAAAGGAGAGGAAGCUCCAGGGCUCAAGCUGCAAGGGAGAAGAAGAAGAAGAAGAAGAAGCAUUCAAGAAGAAGAGAGAGCAGUGAGAGAAGUCAGGUGAGUUCAGAAGGAUUUGGUAGGGAAUCUCAUUAUGCAGACUUCAAAAACCAGGAAUGGGCCUUCAGAUGCCCCACAGAAGACUUCUCCAGCAACACCACGGUCAUCUCGUGUGGCGAAAACUGGAGGGAACGAAACCGACUCUGCAGGUAUCACACCAACAAGAACCCCUACAGAGAGGAGCCCUAAGGUCAUUGAGCGUCGAUCGCCACGAAGCCCAAUUACUGAGAAGAAGCGCCCAAGUAGGCUGUCUGAGUUGGAGUCUAAGGUCAGCCAGCUGCAAGAUGAGCUGAAGAAGGCCAAGGAGCAGCUGAGCUUAUCGGAGUCACGAAGACGCCACACACAGCAGGAAGCAGAGGAAGCAAAAAAGCAGGAGCAAGCUGCAGCCUCGAAGCUCGAGGAUCUGCAACGCCAACUUGAUGAGUUCUCAACCGCAGAGGAGUCCCGGCUCCAGGAACUUCGGAAGGUCUCGCAGGAGCGUGAUCGUGCUUGGGAGUCUGAGCUCGAGGCUCUGAAGAAGCAGCAGUCAGUGGAUUCGGCUGCUCUGAGCUCGGCCUUGUCUGAAAUUCAGAGGCUGAAGCAGCAGCUGGAGGCCACCACACAGUCUGAUGCAGCUCGUGCCAAGCAAUGCGAGUUUGCCGAGUCUGAGCUCGACGGACUGAAGCAGGAGAUGGAGCUCCGGCUUGCGACCAUCGAGGGCCUGAAGGUGAAUGUUGGCGAGAGUGACGAGGCUGUAGCGGAGGCAAAUGCGGUGGCAGCUGAGGCCAAGCAGCAGCUUGAAACUUCAAAGGCCACCAUUGAAUCUCUGCUUGCUGAGGGUGCCCGGUUGCAAGAAUGUCUGAGGUCAAAGGACGCUGAGCUCGGCCAGUCCAUGGCUCGAGUAGCAACACUGGAGGAAGAUCUGAAGAAGGCACAAACUGCAGGCAAGGGACACCUGAAGAACGAACAGGACAAGGAUAACAAUGUUGAUGGUAGCUUUGGCAGCCCCGAUCACGGUGAAGCUAUGGAGAAGGUGGUGGUAGCUGUCCCUGAUUCCAAUGUCGGCUGUGCUGUUUCUGGAGCAGAGAUUGAGCAGCUGCGGGCCGCGCUUGAGGCGGCUGAGAUUCGGUUCCAGGAGGAGCAAACUCGGAUGACGAUCGAGACGAAGACGGCCUACGAAAUGCUGGAGCAUGCCAAGUCGGAGUACGAGUGCAGACUGCGUGAUCUUGAGCUGGAGCUGAAGAGCAAGAAUGGUGAGCUCGAUGAAGCGAAGGCCUCCUUGGCUGUCAGACCCGAUGGGAAGAGCGAAAUGAUGCAGCCGGAGCUGGAGGCGAAGCUGAUGAAAUCGAUCACGGACAUGACGGAGCUGAAGGCGAGCCUGAUGGACAAGGAGACGGCGCUGCAGAGCGUGAUGGAGGAGAACGAGGCGCUCAAGUCGGAGGCGGGGAAGAAGGAGGCGGAGGUACAGCGGCGGUACGAGGCGGCGGUGGCAGAGCUGGAGCUGGCCAAGGCGGCGGAGCAGGACGUCCGGAUGCGGCUCGGGUACGUGACGGAGGAGGCCGACAAGAGCAGCCGGCGAGCCGCCAGGGCGUCGGAGCAGCUCGACGCGGCGCAGGCGGCCGGCGCCGAGAUGGAGGCGGAGCUGCGGCGCCUCCGCGUGCAGUCAGACCAGUGGCGCAAGGCGGCGGAGGCGGCUGCCGCGGCUCUCGGAGGCGGCGGCGGCGCUGUCACCGGCGGCAUUGGCAGGAACGUGGAGCGGACGGGGUCGCUGGAGCCGGCGGAGUACACCACCUCGAUGAUCGGCGGGAAGCUGGCGAGCUCGCCGUUCUCCGACGAGCCUGAUGAAUCGUCGCCGAAGCGGCGCAACAGCGGCGUGCUGCGCCGGGUGAGCGGUCUGUGGAAGAAGAGCCCCAAGUGACCCCGACGCCAUGGGAGCGAGCAACACAGCUCGAGCUCGAGCUGAGCUAGCUAGGAUGAUCACACCAUGGAUGGAUGGAUAGCAAGCAAGAAAGCUUGUAGUACUGUUGGUUUUGCUGCUGCGGUUGCAGUAAAAACACAAAAGUUUGAGCAAGAACGAACUCGUGUACUGAUGGAGACGAGGAGCAUCUGCAUUUUGGCUGCAUGCUGUCUUGACGUCGAUCCCGUGAUGUUGUUUGUUAGUAUAAUCUCAUUCGAUCAAAGCUGUC